GAGGUGCUAAAAGGUAAGAGGACUUUAAGGGGAUCAGAGCUCCGCACAGAAAUAGCCGCGGAGUGUGUCUGUUUCAUGUUCCUGUUACUCGACACCGAAUGGUUGUUCCGAUAUCUGUGCCAACUAGCCUCCACCACCCUAUGUUACAACUGUGUUUGGCUUCUUUGGCCCCCCCUUGCUUCUAUUUUGGGGGGGGGGGGCGUUUCACUUUCGCCAGCCCCGUUGCUCUUGCAGUGUUUCACAUGGGCCUAGAGGCCUGAGCGCACUCAAGACUUUCCCCGGGCUUGCACGUCCCUGCCGAUCCAGAGGGAUAAGGAGGCUGGUUAUCAACGCUACGCUACUCCCGGAACAAACCAGAACGACCAUGUCCAUUCAGCAGCUGCCUGGCCCUGACCCUGACCACGGCCCUGGGAUUUCUGCCUGAAGCCAGCUCUCUUUUUCUCUCUCUUUUUGUCUUCAUCUCGCUUCGUCUAUCCCACCGUGAGGCCUGGCACAAGCUCUCACUUCAGCAUGGAGACAAGGAGCAAAAGGUCAGAAAAGAGAUUGUAUCACCUUCUGGAAGGUGAACUAGUCAUAUUCAAGAGAGCAUAAGGAAGGCAGGCAGUAGACAAGAGACAGAUUGCAGCAACUGGCCCCUUGUAUGCGAAUGCUCACUGGGGAUGAGCUGUCUGGACAAGCGCCACGUGACUCACGGAGGAGGCAUGCAGGGGCACUACAAAUACACAGAUGGCUUUAGCGACACAUCGAGCGUGGGGAGCUUCAUGGACGACACAGACAGGGAGGUGAGCAGCCUCACCGACCGCGCCUUCAAAAGCCUGUGCAUCGGCGACGAGGCCGUCUACAACGACUCCGAGUUCGCCUCCUCACCCGUCGAGCACUACGACGCCUUUUCGCUGGACGUCCACAAUGCAGAUAUCCUGAAGUACAACAGCCAGAAGCUGCUCUCCCUGGGCAGGAAGCAGAAUGGAGGGGGGGCAGCUGGCAUGGGCGAGCCAACGGUCGGCGCUACAUUCCAGCAGUCGGUUUUGGACAUGGCGAGGAAGGGGCUCAAAAACGGUGCUAUAGAAACGGCCUGGCAACAGAGGAUCAGCAGUGAUGGUGGCACUACUGCUGAGAGCCACCAGAGGGGACACAUCAGAGCAAUCCAGGACUUCAAAUACAAAAACAGCACCAAUGACCUUUGGGAGAAGGCCCUGCCGAACAUCCGAGGAGAACAGUUUGAUUCAGCUGGACACGAGAGAAGUAAUUUUCAUCCAACCGAAAACCACGUUCACUCUGGAGAUGCCACAGCCCAGACUGCAAAGAAGGACCUGGAAAAGGUUCCAGGACAGUCUUCCAAAAGCAAACGUGGCAAAUCCAGCAAGCCAAGGAAACUGAGCAACAAGAACUUUUUCCUCCACAGCGAACACAGUGCGUUUGAGUCGUGGCGGGACUGCAACAGGAUCCUACUUGAGCAAAACCACACACCAGAUCCCGUGUCCACAAACCAACGUCCAAUGUGGUACGACUCGCCGCUUUACAAAGAGCUGACAGCAGAACAUGGAUUACAAACCUCAACGUCCAAAGAGAAUGAGCUGAACCAAAGUAAGUCUGAAGACGCCAAGUCCUCCCCUGCCCCGCCACCCACGUCUAUUCCACCUCUCUCCACACGCCCUGCUACACCUCCUCCUGCUGUUGGCCUGCAGAGGUCAAUGGCUGUUGAGAAGAGGAGCGAGUCAGAGUCAGAUGCCAGCCUUCCUCCCUGGAGGAAGAAUAGGGCCCAGUCAAGGGCCGCUCUGCCCUGGAGUCUCCCCAGCACGGCUGCGCCAUGUGGGGAAAGCGAGGGCCAGAGCAAGGUGGAGGCAGCAUCCAUAGGCAUAACAAAUGGGAUGGUCGCAUCAGCUGGGGCAGCCACAGUGGCAACAUCGAUCACGCCCAUGACAUCGGUCACAAUGGCCCCGCCCAUGACAUCGGUCACAAUAGCUCCUCCCAUCACAUCGGUCACAAUAGCCCCGCCUAUAACAUCGGUCACAAUAGCCCCGCCAAUCACGUCGGUCACAAUGGCCCCGCCUAUAACAUCGGUCACAAUGGCCCCGCCCAUCACAUCGGUCACAAUGGCCCCGCCUAUAACAUCGGUCACAAUGGCCCCGCCCAUCACAUCGGUCACAAUGGCGCCACCAAACACAUCAUUCACAAUGGCUCCACCCAUGAAAUCGGUCACAAUGGCCCCGCCAAUCACAUCGGUCCAAAUGGCCCCGCCCAACACAUCGGUCACAAAGGUCGUGCCAAUCACAUCGGUCACUGUGGUCACACCAAUUCCAUCAGUCACAGUGGUCUCCCCAGUCAUAACUGUUACAGCAGUCACAGCAGUGAAAGAGCCUGCAUCUUCCAGCUCAACCCCAUUCAGCAUCUCCCAGCUGCUCACUCCCAUUAUUCCCAGACAGGGAACGGGAACGUCAGAGGUGCUGCAGUCUGCUCUCACACCCUCCAGUCUGGUUGACCUCGACCUUUCACCGUCCUCCUUCACCGAUGCCUCCGCAAAGCCAACUAACGAGGUUAAAUCACGCAACAGCUACAAGGCCAUUGCCUCCGGCCUGCUGUUCAACCUCAAGGACAACAGAAAACGUGUCAAGAGCACAUACAGCCCCACUAAGUUCAAAAUAACAGACAUCAGCAAGCAGCCCUCCAAGCCAGAGACCGCUCAACCCAAAACCGCACUGGCUAUUUCUGAGCCCCCUGUCGCUGAGGCUAAUACAGCCCUCCAGCCAGAAGUGAGUAACGUCCGGCCUGCCAGUGAGGUUGCUCUGGAGUCAACUGACGCCCAAACCGUCAAUCAUAAAAAACCUGCCGACGGAGGCAUAUCGGAUGACUAUUUGACAUUAAGUUCACCCCACACCGUAAAAGAAGCCGCUGCCUGCAGAAACUUCAAUAGCACAUGGGAAAAUGCGGCAGGCACAAUCCAGCAAGCUGAAAGUGGAAAUGGUCAGUACUGUGGCCUAGAAAAGUCAAAAUAUGACAGAACCCAACUGUGGGAGAGGGAAGGUGUUAAUCACCCAUCACUGAAUCUCUACAAGGCAGCGAACAUUACAGAGACCAUAGGGCCUGUGGUGGAUGUGGCACCUAGCUCCAAUGUCACUAAUGACAAAGAGAGAGGAAUUAAAGAAACACAUUCUUUGAGAGAUACACUUUUCACCAAAGGUGAAGAGGUCAAGCAUAAUGAAAUCAGAACUCGAGAUAAUUAUCCGGAUGAAGCAGACGGGCACAAUGACAGGAGGGACGUGCGGGUAAAUAAACAGAAUGAAAAAUGUCACACAGAACGAGUUCUUUCAGUGAAAGAUAGAGUUGAGUUGUUUUCGGUCAAAAAAAAUGAUCCUAUAAAUCAAUUUGCAGCACAAAAAAGGGACAGUGUAAAACAGGGGACAUUUUCUAAAUUAGACAAACACUACACUAAAGAAGAUUCACUGGGCAAUAAGGAAAGAGGAAACACUAAACAAAGACUAACUCCAGAGCAGGAGCAAGAAUUUGAUCGAAGAGAAGACCGGAUGAAUCAUGCAUUUUCAGCCAGACAAAACCAGUACAUCAAAAAUGAGCGGUAUACAAUAAAAGAUGUUGAUGACAGUGAGCAAGCUCAGGAGGAGAAGGAUGCUAUUGCAACGAGAUACAACAGACAUAUCUUCAAAAGUAACACAGAGCACAAGAAUUUGGAACAGGGUGACUGUUCCACAAGGGAUAGACAUGUUGCAGGUGACCCAGAAGCACUGAAAUCCCACGAAGGCGUACUAUUACAGAGACAUAAUGAGUUUGUCAAAAAUAAAAAUUUAGCAAGUAACCGAAACGGCUUUGCCCAACAGGAAGUAUUUCAGGAAACAGAAGUGCACUCAAAGAGCAGGCUUCUCAGAAAUGAUGUUUUGCCUGAUAAUGAGGAGGGCUCUGAAAGGGUCUUGCACGCAACAAGAGGGAACCCACACACAAUAAGGGGUUCAGUUGCAAGUACAGAGUGCUUGCAGCCUAUGCAGGACAUACCUUUAAUAAAGGAGAGGGAACAGAUAACAAUUACAGAAAAUCUGCAGGACAAAAAGGUUCCUGAGGAAGUAUGUGAAAUUGGAGAGGAGAAAACUUCUCUCAAAAACACAGAAAAGGAAAAGGAGAAAAACAGGGUAAAAACGGGCUCACCUGCAGAAAUGAACAAACAUUUAACUGCAUGUGACGGGUUUGCAAUUGUAGAAAAAGACCAGCAGGAGCAUUGCAAUGAAAUAAAAGACGCCCAACCGUCUGAAAAUAAUGUAUUUGAAAAUAACAUGAGGGCUCCCAUUAAACGGGAGGCCCCAGGAAGGGAACGCAGUAAGAGUGACAUAUUUGGAGAGAAAGAAAAAGAAAGUAGUAAAGUGAGAGAUGAUAGGUCAAGAGACAAAGAACAUACAAAAGAGGAGGAGGGAAAGGACGGUGACAAAACAACAACAAAACAGAAUGAGCUAGAAAAAUGCACUUUGGUAAAGGAAAAAGAAUUAAAGGGGAAUGGAAAAUCUGAUACAAGAACACUUGCCAAUAAAGAGAAAGACAGCAAAAUGAAGCAAAUACUUAAACUGAAGGAUAAAGUUAAGGACGUAUUUUCAAUGAGAGAAAACAAAACCAAAGAGGAGUUGUCUGAAAAGCAAGAUAAGCGGCAAGCCAAACAGGAAGCAACUCAAAAAGAGGAAGACCACACACGACUUUCACCAUGUUCAAACAUAGAAACAAACAAAGUGAAGCAUGAAUGUUUCGAAAUGGCGUUGGAAGAGAGCAUUGAAUCUGAGAAGAAAUUUUCCAGUGUAAUGCAGGACAGCAGAGGAGCAGUGACAAAAGAUAAUACCGAGGAGCCCAUCAAGGAACAGACUGUUACCGUCCGCUACAAAAAACGCCCAGCACCCCCUGUGCCCCAGAGGCCCCCAGGAAAAAGAGACGGGCAGUCAAGUCAUACUGACAUGCCUGCAGAGUCCGCCAUGGACUCACACCUUCCUGCAGAGGAAGCCAAGAGCAAAACCUUGGAAAAAGAAAUUAAAGUACCUCCUGCUUUGGGAGAUGCUGAAGGUAGAGAGGAAGAAAGUGAAGAGGCCAGGAACAAGAUGACCCCAGCAACAAAAGACCAAGCUGAAAUACCACCUCUGCUGUACUAUGCAAUACCUGAUGGUGAAAGUGAGAUAGACACAAGAUUGGUUGCCUCACCUAUGAGUGAGAGUGCACUAUCCAAGGAGGCCAGCCCCACAUCACCCACUGACUUGGACGAAGGUGGUUGGGUCCGGUGCCUGAUAGAAUACGCGAAAUCACAAACGCCACGUUCAAACGCUUCCUCUCCAUCCACCAUUAGGCACACCUUAUUUAAAGUGAAAGAUAACACUGUGAGGACUUCCCCUCUGACUAAGAUCAUAAAGUCGCCUUUACACAGGUUCCCAGAGGACUUCAGGCUGAGCUCUCCCAGAGACAGCUGGAGUGGGUCUGAGAAAGGCGAAGACGAACGCAGUCGUCUGAGGGAGCGAAGUAAAAUCCACUUGCCUCGUGAAUCCUCGCUGUCCCGCAGAGACACGCGCCUGAGAGAAACACCUGUCAUGUCCCCAAUGGCACAACCUACCAUCACACCACCAGCAGCACAGGAGCAGAGGAGCCCUCAGUGGAGCCCUCAGGCAGGAGCCGUCAGUCCUCCAUCUCGAGAGCAAGAGAACGAAGGCGGAGACGAACGCGGUCGUCUGAGGGAGCGAGGUAAAGUCCACUCGCCUCGUGAAUCCUCACUGUCGGGCAGAGGCACGCGCCUAAGAGAAACGCCCGUCAGGUCCCCAAUGGCACAACCUACCAUCACACCACCAGCAGCACAGGAGCAGAGGAGCCCUCAGUGGAGCCCUCAGGCAGGAGCCGUCAGUCCUCUAUCUCGAAAGCAAGAGAACGAAGGCGGAGACGAACGCGGUCGUCUGAGGGAGCAAGGUAAAGUCCACUCGCCUCGUGAAUCCUCACUGUCGCGCAGAGGCACGUGCCUGAGAGAAAUGCCCGUCAGGUCCCCAAUGGCACAACCUACCAUCACACCACCAGCAGCACAGGAGCAGAGGAGCCCUCAGGCAGGAGCCCUCAGUACUCCAUCUCGAGAGCAAGAGGCUGUAGGCACAUCGUCUGGGGGAGUGGAGAGUAGUGCUGCUAACGCAGUGGACACAGUGGAGGAGAAAGUGACCCGUUCUCUGCGCGUUGAAGAAACGGAAGGCUCUAAAGCACCCAGUGAAAAAUCUGAUUCUGUCUGCAGUGCUGGUGACGUUCAACCACUUGGUAAACCGCCACCAGUUCUCCCCAAAAGUGAGAAAGCCCUGCGCCGUGCCAAGAGGCUGACAAAUAAGAGGAUUAAGAAGGCGGAAGCUGAGAGCAAAGUUGAGGGUAAAAGCCGGGCCCGAUCGAAACCUGUCCGAGAACGCCACACUGAGCCCCCCCCCCCCGCCCAAACGUUAGCUUUGCAGCCUACACCCAACCCACCACAGGCACCCCAGUCCUGCCCUGAACCACGUCAAUACCAGGCCACCCCAAAUGCAAUAGCUCAGUCCUCACCACUAACUCAAAGGAAGCUGUUACAGGAUCCUGAUUCGGGGCAGCCCCAGUUCUGUCCUCAACCCGGUCAAACCCAGCCCGCCCCAAAUGCAAUAGUGCAGUCCUCACCACUAAUACAAAGGAAGCUGGGACAGGAUCCUGAUUUGGGGCAACCCCAGUUCUGCCCUCAACCCGGUCAAUCCCAGCCCACCCGAAACGCAAUAGCUCAGUCCUCACCACUAACUCAAAGGAAGCUGUUACAGGAUCCUGAUUCGGGACAACCCCAGUUCUGCCCUCAACCCGGUCAAACCCAGCUCGCCCCAAACGCAAUAGCGCAGUCCUCACCACUAAUACAAAGGAAGCUGGGACAGGAUCCUGAUUUGGGGAAACCCCAAUUCUGCCUUGAACCCGGUCAAUCCCAUCCCAUCCAAAACGCAAUAGCUCAGUCCUCACCACUAACUCAAAGGAAGCUGGUACAGGGUCCUGAUUUGGCGCAACCCCAGUUCUGCCCUGAACCCGGUCUAUCCCAGCCUACCCCAAACGCAAUAGUGCAGUCCUUCCCACUAACUCAUAGGAAGCUGUUACAGGAUCCUGAUUUGGGGCAACCCCAGAUCUGCCUUGAACCUGGUCAAACCCAGCCCGCCCCAAACACAAUAGCACAGUCUUUCCCACUAACUCAAAGGAAGCUGGUACAGGAUCCUGAUUUGGGGCAACCACAGUUCUGCCUUGAACCUGGUCAAACCCAGCCCACCCCAAGCGCAAUUGCGCAGUCCUUCCCACUAACUCAAAGGAAGCUGUUACAGGAUCCUGAUUCAGGGCAGUAUUUCAUGGUUGACAUGCCUGUGCAGGUCAAGACGAAGAUGUUCUUUGACCCUGAAACAGGAAAGUACAUUCAGCUUCCAGUACAGGCCCCAGAGGUCGUCUCAUCUCGCCCACCUUCCAUGGAGAUUUUGAAUUCUCCUUAUCUGCUCUACCCUGGGUUUAUGCCUGUUCCUAUGUCAUCUUUACCACCUCGGGGCUCUGCUGCUCAGACUCCAGCCUCAGAAAUUCUGAUGGUGGAUCAGGAAAUGCUACAGAGCAGGAGUGCCCCCUAUAGACUGGAGGACUGUCAACAAACUCAAAGUAGAGAAGCAGAAACAUACGCCCAGCAUGCGUGUGUACCAUUCGAUUGCUUUCCAGAGGAACCCUUGUACAUGGAGGAUGAGGACAGCAUGAACUCUCGAAUUAUGAAUGCUGUGACAGUGAGCGGACUGGACAGCUUUGCUGUAGACAAUGUUUGACUUCAGGGAUUACCGGUUGUUUUAAAUGCACUGUUUUGUUUAUUUUGUAAAUGCUUUUUAGCAUAAAUGAAAGAUACUGGAAUAAAGUUAAAAAGGCACAGUAUAUAUGUACAUACAAAUGAGAGGGGACAAUGUUGCUGUAAAGCCAUUAUAUGAAAAAGAGGGUAAUGAAGUAUUGAAGUGGAUAUUCAAAUCAAAUUUUCAUAAAGUUUGAGGCAUUGCCAGUUGUGUUGUAGUAUGUGUAAAGUCUGUUGAUGAAUUGCAUAAGUUUAAUUUUUUUAAAGAGUUUUUAUUCUGUGAUGAAUACUUAGAUAAAGCAGGGCUAUUUAUUGAAACAAGGUUUUGUGCUAAAUUGAAAAAAAUAAAAAACCAUUUAAAUCAUUCCAAUCAUGAUAAUAAAAAUCUCACUUGGCACACACCGUAUGUCGAUGGAUUAAUUAAUUAACAUAUUAAUACACAGAAGUUAAAAUUCUUCAGAUGCACCUAAUGAAACCUUACCUGGUUGAAAUAUCUUUGUAAUGUGGCUGAUACAUUUAUUUUGGAAGCAUUAAUCUGUGUGAUGUUUUCCCUUAAUAUGAUUUGCCUCUUUCUUCAUGGCACCAAGUAUUCACUUUGAAUAUGCAUUGUAUAGACUAAUAUGUGAUUUGUUCAAAUUUAAUAACCUUGUACUGCACUUCCAGAAGAUCUUUCUUUCUGCCACACAACAAAGCACUACCAGGGAUAAGUUCAAAUACUCAAUUUAACUUUACUUUGUUGUGCCAAUAAAUUACUUUGAAGUAUCUUCGGA